AUGCACCUGGUUGUUUUGUACUGCCUGCUGUGGAGUUUCCAGAUCUCCACCGGCCAUUUCCCUCGGGCUUGUGCCUCUUCCAAGAACCUGAUGGAGAAGGAAUGCUGCCCACCAUGGAGAGGAGACGGGAGUCCCUGUGGCCAGCUUUCAGGCAGAGGUUCCUGCCAGGACGUCCUCCUAUCCAAUGCACCAUUUGGGCCUCAGUUCCCCUUCAUGGGAGUGGAUGACCGGGAGUCUUGGCCCUCCGUCUUCUAUAAUAGGACCUGCCAGUGCUCUGGCAACUUUAUGGGAUUCGACUGUGGAAACUGCAAGUUUGGCUUUGGGGGACUAAACUGCACAGAAAGAAGACUCCUGGUGAGAAGAAACAUCUUUGAUUUGAGCAUCUCAGAGAAAGACAAAUUCCUUGCCUACCUCACUAUGGCAAAGCAUACCAUCAGCCCAGACUAUGUCAUCCCUACUGGUACCUAUGGCCAAAUGAACAACGGAUCAACACCCAUGUUUAGCGACAUCAACAUUUAUGAUCUUUUUGUUUGGAUGCAUUAUUAUGUGUCAAGGGAUACACUGCUUGGGGGGUCUGCUGUCUGGAGAGAUAUUGAUUUUGCUCACGAAGCACCUGGUUUUCUGCCUUGGCACAGACUCUUUUUAUUGCUGUGGGAACAAGAAAUCCAGACACUGACAGGGGAUGAGAACUUCACUAUUCCAUACUGGGAUUGGCGGGAUGCAGAAGAAUGUGACAUUUGCACAGAUGAGUACAUGGGAGGGCGCCACCCAGCAAAUCCUAACCUCCUCAGCCCAGCAUCGUUCUUCUCCUCUUGGCAGAUCAUCUGUAGCCAGCUGGAGGAGUACAACAGCCGUCAAGCUUUAUGCAAUGGUACACUUGAGGGACCACUGUUGCGCAAUCCUGGAAACCAUGAUAAAGCCAGGACCCCAAGGCUCCCCUCCUCAGCUGAUGUGGAAUUUUGCCUGAGUUUGACCCAGUAUGAAUCUGGCUUCAUGGAUAAAGCUGCCAAUUUCAGCUUUAGAAAUACACUGGAAGGAUUUGCUAAUCCACUUACUGGGAUAGCAGAUGCCUCUCAAAGCAGCAUGCACAAUGCCUUGCACAUCUAUAUGAAUGGAACGAUGUCCCAAGUACAGGGAUCUGCCAAUGAUCCCAUCUUUCUCCUUCAUCAUGCAUUUAUUGACAGUAUUUUUGAACAGUGGCUCCGAAGACACCAUCCUCUUCAAGAAGUAUAUCCGAUAGCCAAUGCACCCAUUGGACAUAACCGGGAAUCUUACAUGGUUCCUUUUAUACCUCUCUACAGAAAUGGUGAUUUCUUUAUUUCAUCCAGAGAUCUGGGAUAUGACUAUAGCUACCUACAAGACUCAGACCCAGACUUUUUUCAAGAUUACAUUAAGCCUUUCUUGGAACAAGCCGGUCGGAUCUGGCAUUGGCUCAUUGGGGCAGCUUUGGUCGGGGCUGUCCUCACUGCUGUGCUGGGAGGGCUCCUUAGCCUGCUAUGUCGUCGCAAAAGAAAGUGGCUCCCGGAAGAAAAGCAGCCACUCCUCAUGGAAAGAGAGGAUUACCACAGCUUGCUGUACCAGAGCCGUUUAUAAAAAGGCCUAGGCAAUAGAGUGGGGACAUAAAAGCCUGAUCUCGGUCCAACUCAAAGUGCUGUUCAAGACCCUAGGGCAUGUCCCUUCUAGAAACCCCUGGUAUUUGCCUGUGGUAGCUAUUCUCAGAAUUGUAACCAGCCCCGAACUCAAGUAGAACACAUUUGCGCUUAUAUCACUAUUUUUGCUUAGCCCUUUGACAGUUUUCUCAAGCCCUUAUUUCAAGAAAAGGAAUAAAUGCUACAUGUAUCUGAAUUAAAGGGUCCUUAAAAAGAGGUGGGAUAAUUUUUAUUUUCCUUCUUGAUCAUUUAAUGUCAUGUUUUUUUAAAUUUCCCUUUCUUUGAUUUU